CUUCGUGCGGGGCUGGGGCGGCCGGAAAUCAAGGUCGCUGGCGUGGGGUACUGAAUGCUGGGCUGGCCGGUGACCUGAGCCGGCUAGUUGCUGUGCUGAUGAUGUCGGUGUUUCACGACGAGGUGGAGAUCGAAGACUUCGAAUACGAAGAGGAAACGGAGACGUAUUUCUACCCCUGUCCUUGCGGGGAUAACUUCGUCAUCACCAAGGAAGAUUUGGAGAACGGGGAAGAGGUGGCCACCUGUCCCAGCUGCUCCCUCGUAAUCAAGGUGAUCUAUGACCGAGAUCAAUUUAUGUGUGGGGAAACAGUCUCUGUACCUUCGACCAGCAAAGAGUUAGUUAAAUGCUGAAGAAAGCUUUGAAAACCUAAUUUAUACCAAAUAACCAAAGGAUGUGCCCAGGUGGAUAUUAAAUGUGAAACUGAGAUCUUCUGAAUAAUAAGAGGGGAUUUUUGUUUUUUUUUUGUUUUUGCUUGCUUGCAGUGUAUUGCAAAGCUUAGCUUCUUUACAUCAAUUGCCACAUUAAUCUUGAAAAUUGAAAAGAACUGAAUUGAGAGAGGGGACAAACCUAGAUUUUUAUAAUUGAACUUGAGUCUUAAUUUCAGUCAAAAUUUUUGAUUUUCCAGAAUUCAAAAGAAGAAGAAUUUCAAAUCAGAAUCAUUUAUAUCAUAAAACCUAUUAACUUUGAUACUUGUUCUUUGCAAAGUAUCAUCUACCUCCAUAAUUAGUAGAGCAUCACUGAUGCUCAUUUAAUUGGCUUCAACAGCAGAAACCUUGUCAGUAGCUGAAUUGUAAUAGUUCUAGGUGUGUGCGUUGUCAUCUUGUUUUCUGUCAUAUCCUACCUUCAUUAAGUAAAAACAAUGGAUAUGAAGAGGAAAAUAAGUGACCUCUAUCCUCAGAGGAUAAAGGUCUUCUGUGUCUUAGAUACUAGAAACAAGACUCAAUGCGAAAUUGCAAGAGACCUUGGAAUUCUCAUGUCAUGCUUUCUCAAAACCAAGAGGAGCAUAAAAAGGCAAGCAUUAGGGCUCGAUGAUAAAAAUAAAGUAGUGGCCAAAGGGAAAAAAAUGAAAGGCGCAAAUCCUGUUGAGUCAGGAAGUGAACCAGUUGAUUAUUCCAAACCAGAGCCAAUGGUGUCUCUCUGUCUGAUCAUUUUCUAGAGUAAAAGCCAGUGUGAUUGCACCAAGGAAGUUGGCUUUGUGUAUUUUGGUACCAUUACAACAUUGUGUCCACUGCAUGUAAAAAAGGUGAAGCAUUUCCAUUAACCAUACCCAUUGCUGAAGAUCAUCCUUAAAAUGUGAGUGAGGCCCAUUCUGGAUGACAGCACUAGUAAGGACACAUUUGAGGCAGGUGUCAUUUAUGUGAUUGACAACCAAGUCAGAUCCUAGUAGCCCUAAAUGAGGAAGCUUGCUAUGGAGGGGGCAAAAAAAGACAUGUGGACAGUCUUUGUUGUUGUGAUGAUAGUAGUGAGAAAUUAGAGCCGUUUGUGGGAAAAUUGGAAAAUCCACAGCUCAUGAAAGGCGUGAAUCAUCUUCCUUGUGAAUACUAAGUUAGCAAACAUGCAUUGAUGACUAAAAAGUUAUUUUGGUAUUGACUUCUGCAAUUAGAAAAAGUGGCUUGCCAAAGUAGAUAUUUUGUUGCUGUUAGAUGUGCUGUGCAUACCCAUAUUUAAAUUAAAACAUGUGCACGUUCCUUUUCUGCCUGCCAGUCCUACAAGGUAUGCAAGGUAUACGUGAACUUAGUAGACCAAGGGAUGAUGAACUAAAAGUUGAGUAUCUGAAGCACUUGGUUACACAGAGUGCCAACGAAUGUAGCUGUUGUAGAAAUGUGGAAAUGACGUUGAUGCAGUGAGUCGCGCCCUUGCUGCACGGGACACAGUCUCAUGCAAAAGCAAAGCCGGCCUUGAACACCAGAGAUGGCUUGAUCAAAAGGAGCAUCCACACUGACCCAGACUAGAAUGAGCUGCAGAAAUGGAUUGUCCAAUCAAUGUUGAUGUUUUUGUAAAUGUUGGCUACCUCUGCUGUUACUGUGUCAACGACAGGCACCUCUAAUCGGAAAUUUGUAGCGAGUAUAAAGGAAGAAGAGAAAGAAGCUGCUUGAGCCCAGGAAUCCUGCAAGAGAAGAAGCUUGGACAAUGUGAGCAGUGACUGAAUUUGUGAUAAAUUAGAGUGCCAUGAGUGACUCUCCACAGCAUUGGCAGGACUGCUGAGUGUGUUGGAGGGUCUACACCACGGGAAAAAGUCCCAGUUCAGGGUUGUGUUUCUGACGUGUAACCGGUUUCCAGUCACCUAAAAAUGAGAAAUUCUUGCCCGUUGAUUUCUUCUUUGACUCCCUUCUAGUAGCCUUCUUGUUUAUUGUGUUUGCGGCUCUUGAGCACGAGCCAAGCUGCUGCCAGCCCAAGUUGUGUUCCCUGGUGCUUCAGUUGGAUGGGGGUGGCUCAUUGUGGGACCUGGAAAAAUUCUGAAGUGAGGAGUGUACAGGUGCGAUGUAUAGAAGGUGGCUGGAGCCUGACUAGGGCUAGGGACAGGGUGAGGCAAGGCAGUUCUCUGUCUAGAUUGGCGUGAUGGUAUGGUAGCUCCAAAGAUGGCUUUGCAGCUUUCCCUUUUUUUGUACAGAAAAAUGUUCCAUCUCUGGCAUGUGUCAGGGAUGCUUCCUCCUUUCCAUGAUUCCCAGGAUGGUUAUUGGCGGGGAGGAAGAUGUUAUCUGUUGCCUCUGCUUCUUUCCUGUGGGAUCUUUGGGUACUCCAGUUGGUCAAGAGGGAUGAGAAUCAUGGGAUUGGAAUGGCCUCACCCUAACAGAGGGGAUGUGGUGGGUCUUGCCCAUUCUAGAUGCUAUGGGGUCAUUUAGGCUGAGGUGGACAUUUCCUGCCAAGUUAUAGUUGGAGAGACCUUUCUGACUGGUUUUAGAGGUGAAAACAAAAAGUGAGAAGCAUUAACAAGGUACAUACAGAAUAGUAGACAAUAUGGGCUUGUGUCUUUCCCUGGGAGACCUGUCCCUGAAUUGCCUGGCAGUUACUAGAAGGACAACUUUGGGCAAUUAGGAUCAAAGGCCCUCUGAUGGACAUACUUUUAGCUUUUUCCCUCAGGUUUACACAAUGGAAAUCUGUGCUAUUAUAUAUUCUGUAGGGGAGGGGAAAAGCAGUUCUUAGUACACAAAGACCCUAAUGAGGGGGGUUGGGGGGUAAGGCCUAAAUUAUGAAUUUAUAAAUAUGUAUAUGCAUAUGUACUCUAUAGCAGGCAAUAUCAAUUCAUCUACAUUCCCCAGAGGAAGGGUGGCACUUGGCAGUUACAAAAUUCUUAAACAUCUUUAGAGAUAUUAGAAGAAAGGUCAUUAAAAACCACAAAAAUACUAUGAAAUGAAUCACAGCAGUCAUGGUUUAAUGGGCCCUACGACACAGGCCCAAGACCCUGGUGGGCGUAGCAGAGGCUGCAGAGGAGGAAAUGGCAUUCCGAGUCUGAAUUAUGGAGAGCCCCAUUGUUGUCAUUUCUGAGUGGCUGUUGGGUUUGACCUUGGUUUGAGAACAGUACAGUCAGAGUUCAGUGACAGGAACUUUGGAGUUAAUUUCACAGGCACUGUAAUAACAAUAAUAACUCACAUUGUGUAACACUUGAUAGUUUGCAAAGGAUUUUCCUCACAACAUUUUCUUAUUAGUGUCACUGAUGUGUUUUAUUCUUCUGUACCUGUGUCAAUAUGAGCAUCUUUGUAAAACUAAAUGUAAGUAGAUUUAGAAAUUUUGAAUCUCUGAAACAAGUUCAGAGUACUCUGCUCUUUCUAACCUUUUUUAGCCUAAUGAGUGGGGAACUUCAGGUCUUGGGACUGAUAUUUCUACAGAGGGAUUUGGGGAAGUGGUGCGUGUGGCACGGUACACCAUCCAACUGAGAGACCUGGAUUUGAGUUCGAGCUUCGUUACUACUUAGCCCUGUGACAUUUGGGUAACUCUUAGAACCCAUCUAAGCUUCAGAUUCCUCUUCUAUAAAAUGAGUGGGUUAGUUUAGAUGAGUUCUCAACUCCCAUCCAGCUCAUAAUAAUCCACGAUUCUGUGACUCCAGACUUAGGAUGCAUGACAUUCAUUUGCUGCCCAGAACCAAAUUGAACUCAAAUAUCUGUGUUCUCUUUCAUGGCAAAUUAAGCUUAUUUUUUGAAAGUGGUUCAGUUUGAGAAAUUAAAUUUUUAAAAAUUCCUUAAGUAAUUUCAGUUAACAUGAUUGUGUUUAAUUGAAAGUACUAGAUCAACAUGAGGAUACCAGUCCCAGUGCCCAUAGAGUUAUCAUCGGUGUGAGACUGAGGAGCAUAUUCUGUAAGGAGAUUUACUCAUUAGUCUAAUUUCUUUGAUUACCAUAUAAACUCAUGGGUUUUUGUUGUCCUUCAUGCCCCUGCUCAGAAGAGUAGUCUUCACUACUCUUCAGGAAAUACUGCUUUUGCAACUGAACUUAGUGUUCUAUGUUGUUUGUUUUUUUUUUUAAUUAGAUUGGAUUGGUAGUCUCAAUAAUAAUAACUGGCAUUUAUGUAGCAUUUAAGGGUAUGGCAUAGUGGACAAAAAGCUGGCUUUGUAGAUGGGCAAUCUGGGUUCAAGUCUCUGACACAGGUUGUAUGGCUCUGGGCAGUGCCCAAGCUAACUUUAAUUUGUAAAAUAGUGGCAAAUCUCUAUUGGGAGAGAGUUUGGACUUGAGUUCUGUUUGUGCUACUUGAAUUUGAGUCAUGGAUGUUCAAAUGGAAUCUAAUUGAGUGUCAGAAUGUUCUUUUGAAUGGAAUGGAAGUGCUUAAUGUAUCUUAUGUAUCAUUUUUCUUUUUAGAGUUGAACCUUUUCAUCAACACUCAAGAUAUUCAGCUCAAAUAUUAAGUGUCAUGUAUUGUAAGACCCACCAAUGACUGUCUCCCUUUAAUAGCUUCCAUUAGGCCAUUGAUCUGUCCGGUCCCUAGUAUAUAUAGUUACAUGGUGCCAGUGCUUUGCUCACUAUGACUUAACCUGUAAAGCAGUUGUUAUCUCUGUCUCAACUCCAAUAUUAUACCAAGACCGUAUUGUGCAAUAAAAGUAUGUAUGUCUAAAUGCAAAA